AUGGCCUCACGGAUGAUUCUUUCGCCUGCACGCCGGCUGGCGAACGUGAUCGGUUCCAGACCCAUCAGCACACAGGUCCUGGCUACUCAGUGCGCCACAAUUAAGGAUGAAAUCACUCACACUGGGCAGUACUAUGAAGCUAAUGACUACCGGAAUGCACGUUUCGUGAACGCAACCAAAGUGGUCAAUCCGAACUGGGCCAUUAAGCUGAUUGACGAAGCGCCGAUCGUCAAAUCGGAACAGCGUGUAGUAUGCUGUGACGGUGGAACCGAUCCUGCUCUAGGCCAUCCCAAAGUGUACAUCAAUUUGGAUAAACCCGGUGCUCAUGCUUGCGGAUAUUGUGGGCAGCGUUUUGAGAAGAUCGAUCAUCAUCACUGA